UAGUUCUAUCUAAAGAUCUGAACAGAUGAAUUAUGCAUUCGCUGUGAAAGGGAUUUCUCGGCGAUUUGAGCAUUUUUUCACCUGGCUCGCUUGCGUGUGAAUGAAUGUGUUGUUAGGAGCUCUCGGAGAGAGACAGGGAUUUUCACAUCAAUUCCCUCAAGGCGCCGAUUCUAAUUUCGUUAGAAUCCCUCUGUUGGAUAGCAGGAGCUAGGAAAAAGAAAGACAAUCAAGAUGGCGAGUCGUUUCGCAGGGCUUAAGAAGCAAAUAAACAAAGCGAAUCAGUAUGUAAGCGAGAAGAUGGGGUCAGCCGAAGGCACGAAAAUGGAGGACGAAUUCAUCGAGAUGGAGCGAAAAACCGAUGCAUUGAUUGAGCUUGUAGCGAACCUAACCCCGAAGACGAAGGAGUAUCUUCAACCAAACGCCACAUACAAUGCGAAGGUAAAAAUGCACAUGACUCAACCAGACGAGAAGUAUCCGUAUACUGAGGGUCUAAUGGGAGAUGUGAUGAUGCUGGCUGGUCAAGAGAUAGGGCAAGUUGGUAAAGGCAGCGACUACGCUGCCGCUUUGUUGGAUUUUGCGGGAGCACUACACGAAUUAGCUGAGACAAGGCACGAGUUAGACGAAAAAGUUCAUUCCAAUUUCCUUGGACCGCUCCAUGAUCUAGAAGCGAAUGAUUUGAAGGAACUGACGUUUAAUAGGAAGAAGUUGCAGGGAAGAAGGUUGGAUUAUGAUUGUAAAAAGCGUAAAGGGAAUAAGGUCUCUAUCGAGGAAAUUAAGACAGCGCAGUUCAAGUUCGAGGAAUCGAAGAAUCUGUGCAAGCAAGGAAUGGCGAAGCUGUUAGGCAACGAGAUGGAUAUGAUUGAACAGCUUUGUCAGCUUGUUGUUGAUAUGCUAGAGUAUCAUAAGAAAUCUACCGAGUCCUUAGAGAUUGCAAUGUCUCAACUGAACAAGAGGAUUGUCAACGCAAGACGAAACCAGGCCGAAGCCGAGGCGAGUGCCCCAAAACAAGCACCUGAAGAACCCGAAAACGUACCGGAACAGCACGAGAAGGCACCGGAAAGUGACGAGGAGCAGGGAAACGGGGAAACUUCUGCCAAAGGCACGAAUCCUUUGGCAAAAAGCUCGGAUUCCGACAAGCUGAAACCUAGCUGCAAAGCGAAGUUUGACUACAAGGCAAAGAAGGAGGGAGAGCUGAGCUUCACUGAAGGACAGAUCAUAACGCUAUCCGGGAAGAGGGAUGAUGAAUGGUACGAAGGCACUCUUGACGGCAAAUUUGGCAUUUUCCCAUCUGCUUUAGUCCAGAUCCUCACAGAUUUACCGGCUGAGGAAGCAACAAAGUAACUUAAAUGCCACAUUCAUGCCAUACAAGACUAACUCUGUAGACAUUGAAUGGAUCUGCAUGAGUUAACUAGCAUAUACAACCCGAGAUAAAAGUAUUUGUUUAUGAAAAACUAUGGGGGGAUUGGUAACUUUUAGCUCCAGAAACAAAGAGGGCCGCUAAGCAAGUUAUGAAGUUCUGUUUGGGGUAUUAUUUUGUAUUGACAACAAAGCUUGGGCUUUAAAUCGAGGACUAAAAUUUGCUAGUUAAAUCAGAACAAAAGUUUUCAGAACUUCUUAAAAAUAGAAAAAGCUGCUGUAAACUAAGAUUGUGAUGUUUACUCCGGGUGUUUGAGGGUGGAGUUUUCAGUCAAGGGAAGGCACGCCUUUUCUAAUGCAACUAUGUAAGGGAUGUUUGUUAACGCUAAAAACAGUGAGUCAUGGCAAACAAUAUACUUUCAUUAGAAAUAAGACAAAACUCAGCAGGUUAUCGCAACUAUGCAAAAGACUAGGAAUAUGAUUACAACAAAAACUGAAAUUACAAUUUCACUAGUAUGUGCAAUUAUUUCCUUUUAAUAAAAUUAUCCUCUAGGAAAAUUGGCCCGAAAUUAAGAGAGAUUGAAUAAAGCAGUUUAAGAUAAUCUUACAGUUUAGGAUUCAGGACUCCUGAAGAGCUUUACCAACCAUAUCUAAUACUGUCGAAUGUGUAACCUUUCGUUAGUAAACGGGGAUUAAAGAUUAGAAAAACUAAAAAAACGUUUUAUUUUCAGGCGGAUAUAUGCGAAUAAAAUAAAAUAAAAAAUGCAAAUGCUUGUUUAAUAUAAAUUUUCGAAAUCACAACUGGUAUUUUCCUGUCAACGUUAGAGGAAAAUACCCCUAGGUUUUCGAGAAUGGUUUAAUUGCAGAUCAAAACAAGCGUGAACAUUGUUCUAUUAAGUUUGAGUAAAUUGACAAAAAGGGUGAAAAUAGAGCGUCGUAGUGUCAAUUAUAAGAUCAUUAUAGAGAUACCAUUAACGCUUACAAUAUUCCCAAGCUGUCAGUUCAAACGAAUCAGUUCAAAUGGGUUGAGAAAUUAUACGAACAAAGGCAAUAAAGAGGGCGAAAACUCGCCCACCUUUAAACCUGUCA